CGUGCUGCUGGAGGUCAGAAGCGUCACGUUAAGCAGAGAUUGGUGAUAUCUAAGCUAAAUAAAGACGUAGUUUUCACUGUGAAAAUCCAGCAAGACUAAAAAAAUACGACCUGUGGAGAAAUCCUCUUUUGGCAGCCUUGAAUCCAGGAGGUCGUCGUUCAAUAAUUUGUCGUAUAGUUUGGGGGUUUCGACAUAGCUUGCUAACGUUAGCCAGUCGGCUCGCCUACCAGCUCCCCUCCAGGCUCCAGUUUGACACCUGGAAUUUUUUUCAGCCAUGGACAACAACUCACAAGGAUCGGGAGGAGUUAAAGCAGGUCUGGGUAAUCUUUUUGGGGGGGGUGCACCUCAAUACUCCAACACAGAGCUCGCCGGUGUCCCAUUGACUGGAAUGAGCCCUCUGUCCCCAUAUCUCAAUGUGGACCCACGUUAUCUGGUGCAGGACACAGAUGAAUUCAUCUUACCCACAGGGGCCAAUAAGACAAGAGGAAGGUUUGAAUUGGCUUUCUUUACCAUUGGAGGCUCCUGCAUGACUGGAGCUACAUUUGGGGCUUUAAAUGGCUUUAGGAUGGGCCUGAAGGAGACCAGAGACAUGGCAUGGUCCAAACCACGUAAUGUACAAAUUCUCAACAUGGUGACGAGGCAGGGCGCUUCAUGGGCCAACACUCUGGGGUCUAUUGCAUUGUUGUAUAGUGCUUUUGGUGUGGUGAUAGAAAAGGCCAGAGGAGCAGAAGACGACAUCAACACAGUGGCUGCUGGGACGUUAACGGGGAUGCUCUUUAAAUCUGGCAGUGGAUUAAAGGGCGCAGCUCGUGGAGGUCUGGUCGGUUUAGCCUUGUCUGGUGCCUACGCGCUCUACAACAACUGGGACCAUCUCACCGGCUCCCCUUCAUCCAGGCUGUACUAAACUCCCCCGCACAGCUGCUUCAACAUUAGGGCCAAAUAUCUUGAGGACACAUCCUUCAACUACAGCGCUAAGACGCAUUAGACUCUGGUCAAAUGCAGUUUUUUGUUUUUUUUUUCCCCCCCUUCAUCAUGCGAGUAGGUUCCAGUUUGCUGGUUCCUUUUCAUAGCUGUUUUCCAGGAGCAUUCUGGGAAUUAUGAGAUGUCUGUUGGAAAAGUUUUGGACUAAAUUAAAAUGAAAUCCAGACGCAGACCGUCCGAUGACACUUCUCCUUUCAUUUGUGUUCAUCCUCUGAGGUAUUCCUGUCACUGAUCUGGUCAUUAAUGAGAACACCCUUUGAGGAUGCAGUAUAAUUGUUAUGAUUGUUAAUAGAACACACAUUAUUAUACUAGAUUUGGAAACCCAGGAUAUGUGGGUUGAGUAAACCAAUUUGUAAGAUGGCUUCUGACAUCUGUUGUGUGGAUCAACACUUGAAUAGCAACAGAUUCAUGUUCUGAUUUUUGACUGAAAGACUCUUCUGUAAUAGAAGAGCAAUGCAGACCUGCAAUCAGAGGGAAGCCUUGGGGUCAGUUUAUUCUUGUAUUUAUUGAAAUGUAUCUGCAAGGCUUUCUGUUUGACUGUGGAAGAGAAAAAUCACUGUAAAACUGUACUUUGAAGAGCAUGCUGUUAAUGUGUGUCCAUCAAAUCCUCUGUACCAUAGACUAAAAUAAAAACAAAACAUGGGAGGUGUUCA